AGAGACCUUACGGCUUAAGCAAGUAGCUUCAUUCACCGAGCGUGCAGGCACAGGCAGCAGCUUGCCAUGGCGUCUCCCACCUUGAUGCAAUGCCUGGUCGCCGUUUCCCUCCUCUCCUGUGUCGCCCACGCACAGCUCUCGCCCACGUUCUAUGCGUCCUCCUGCCCCAACCUGCAGAGCAUCGUUCGGGCGGCGAUGACCCAGGCCGUCGCAAGUGAGCAGAGGAUGGGCGCCUCUCUGCUCAGGCUCUUCUUCCACGACUGCUUCGUUCAAGGCUGCGACGGAUCGAUCCUUCUCGACGCCGGAGGGGAGAAGACCGCCGGGCCGAACCUGAACUCGGUGCGCGGCUUUGAGGUCAUCGACACCAUCAAGCGGAACGUCGAGGCCGCGUGCCCCGGCGUCGUGUCGUGCGCCGACAUCCUCGCGCUUGCCGCGCGCGACGGAACCAACCUUCUCGGCGGGCCGACCUGGAGCGUGCCGCUCGGGCGGCGGGACUCGACGACGGCCAGCGCCUCGCUCGCCAACAGCAACCUCCCGCCCCCGACGGCCAGCCUCGGCACGCUCAUCUCCCUGUUCGGCAGGCAGGGCCUGUCGCCGCGCGACAUGACGGCGCUGUCGGGCGCGCACACCAUCGGGCAGGCCCGGUGCACCACCUUCCGCGGCCGCAUCUACGGCGACACCGACAUCAACGCCUCCUUCGCGGCGCUGCGGCAGCAGACGUGCCCGCGGUCCGGCGGCGACGGCAACCUGGCGCCCAUCGACGUGCAGACGCCGGUGAGGUUCGACACGGCCUACUUCACCAACCUGCUGUCGCGGAGGGGCCUGUUCCACUCGGACCAGGAGCUCUUCAACGGCGGGUCGCAGGACGCGCUGGUGAGGCAGUACAGCGCCAGCGCCUCGCUCUUCAACGCCGACUUCGUGGCAGCCAUGAUUAGGAUGGGCAACGUUGGGGUGCUCACCGGCACCGCUGGACAGAUCAGGCGCAACUGCCGGGUCGUCAACAGCUAGAGAUACGCAUCGGAUUCGAUCGAUAUACUUGUAGCUAUAGCUAGCUUGCUCGUCGACCGAGCGCCCAUUGAUGGAUCGACCGACACAGAGCUCGCUUCUGAUGAACCCCAGUACGUGUACUCUCUAGUAUAUAUACAUAGAUAUAGCUAUAGAUUGAACACGUCAUCAAUACCAGUAGAAUAAGUGGUGAACGACCACGCAACGACAAGAGUGAUCGAAGCAGUGUCACUUGGUUACCGAAAUGAUUCAUCUGACAUUUUCGUAUUGGAUUUUGAACGCAACUA